AUGACGGGUCAUGCGUGGGGAGAACAAGAAGAACAAGAGAACGGAGUCGCAGAUUCCGCAAUAAGCAUAUCAGGAGGAGCUUCAGCGAGUCACAGCCAGCUGUUGGAGCACGUAAGAACGCUCGUCGUCCUCGACCUCCUCCCCGUCGCAAUGGAGAUGAAGAGUUCUGGUGGGUGGAGAGGGCGCGGCAGGGCGCGGGAACCGGAGGCGAGCAAGAGCAAGAGUCGACCGGCGAAGAAGCAUGCACCCCAGCCCAUCCAGAUCCCAUGGCCAUCCAUCAACUGCCAUCAUCCAAUGACCAGUCGAUUUGCAAAAACUGAAUCAGAUCCCGAGAUCUCCACUCCCCCCAUUCCCCUCGCAAAUUCGCAAUUCGUCGGUGGCAGGACCGCAAUUUCAAAUCCUGGGCACUGGAAAGGAAGCAGGAGGACGAGCGAGCCGACCGACGUGACGCGACGCGACGUCGUUCCAUGCAUGAUGGGUCAAGAGCUUCGCAUUGAAACAAUAAUGGUAAAACGCGUGCAAGCGACAUAUGUACGCGAAGUCGAGCAAUGCGUAGAGAUCUCGUCAGCGGUCCGAAUUUUCGGCUUUGCUUGCAAAGACGACUCUAAACCUCCGGCGGCGGAAGUCAAACGGAAGGAAGGAUGGGGAAACAGGAGUGCUGCGGCCUCAGGCCUCAGGAGAGGGGCAAGAUCGAUACGUGGGCCCCAUCACCAUGGCAUGGCACGUUAA